AUGCAGUGGAGGGCGGGGAAACGUGCCCACAGGUCCGUUCAGUCUAGUCCCGGACUACAACUCUCGGAGUGUCACGUGGUUUACAAGCCGGAAAGGCCUGAACCAAGAACCGGAUGUGUUCUGUUGCUCCGGCGAAAGGCUGGAGAAAUGGCCACCGGGACAGACCAAGCGGUGGGAUUUGGCCUUGUCGCCGUUAGCUUGAUCAUCUUCACCUACUACACCACUUGGGUGAUUCUUUUGCCAUUCAUUGACAGCCAGCAUGUCAUCCACAAGUACUUCCUGCCCCGUGCCUACGCUGUCCUCCUCCCAUUGGCCGCAGGCCUCCUGCUGCUCCUGUUUGUGGGUAAGUCUUCUGUUCUCCAAAGGUCUCCUGAUCUGGGGCAGGGCAUCCCGAAGGGUGGCCGCCUUCACCCCUGAGAGUUCUUCCACACUUUGGCACUUGCUAUAUAUCUGCUUAGAGUCACCUUGUCCCCAACUCUCCCUGGGGCUUUCGUGUUCCUCCUUAGGCCACAGGCAGAAGCCCCUCUGGUGGUGUUCCCAGGGCUUCAGGUUCUCGGGGCAAUGAGAACACGUCUCCCCUUUUCCUGUCCCAGCCUCACUUUCAUCUUCACUGUUCAUGCCUCAAGUCACCCUGGCAUCUCUUACAGCUCUGUGGGCUGGGGAUGGUGUCCUUGUUGUUAUGGUAUCCUAAGCUCUAGCCCAGGAGCCUAGAAGAGUGCUUAGGGUGACCGAGGAACCCCAUGGUUGGAGGAUCGCACAGGGUGGGUAGGAGGGCAAGCCAGUCCCUGUGAGUCUGAAGGUCUUAACAGAGCAUCUUGCACCAUUCCUGUGGGGAUGGUUGACUGACCCUGAGUGGCUGUGUGGCCUAGUGAAUGACUGGGAAGAUGCGCCCUCAGGGUGGUUAGGUGGGAGCCUGACCUUGCAUGUGGGCCAUUGUGCCUGGCCACCUAGCUUUGGAUCAGAUCCUCCCAGUCCUUCCUUUCUGUGUAUUCCAGGGUUGUUCAUCACCUAUGUGCUGCUGAAGAGCCAGAAGGUGACCAAGAAGGCUCAGUGAAGGUCCAGCGGGGAUGAGGCUGCAGAGGCCGCCUCCACAUCUCCUCCAGGGAAGGGACCAAGGGUCACAGCCUACAAGACAGGCUGGCUGCACUGCAGCCCUCUUUGGGACAUGGGGCUGCUUACGACUCAGUUUGACAAACUGGAACCCUCUCUCUCUCUCGGUCAUCCUUUUAGAAGCCGAGAAGAAGGUGGGGUGGGAAACCUCUUGCUCACUCCCUUGGGGCUCAGAGGCUGAGCAGUGCUGGUCCUGUCCACCCCACAGUCAAAGCUCCCUGUCCCUUCUACGGAGUUGUGUUCUCUCACCUCCGUUCUCCUGCUGUGCUGAUAGGCCGAGCAGGCUCCAGGAUGUGUGCAGCCUUCUCGCCUCUCUGUACAAAUCCUGUCCCUUCACAAGGCAGCUCUUCCGAGUCUGACACUUCCAGGCUCCAUGAGGACUUCUGGACCCACAAAGCCUGGGGAAAGACCGAUAAACCCCAGAAGCACAGGGGUGCGUCCAGGCAGCCGCAUUAGACCCCAGCUGGCCUGUUUGGGAAAACUUAGAAAUAAAUGUUAAUCAUGUG